AUGGGCUGGGAUUCAGAGGCAAUACAUAUUUUGGAUGAAAUGAAACAGAGAGAUCCAAAUAAUCCAUCAAUUUAUCAUUUAUUUGGAAUUAUUUUUAAAGAUAGAUGUUUAUAUAAGCAAUCUAUUGAAUUUUUUAUGAAGGGAUUAGAAUUAGCACCAUAUCAAAUAAUAUCAAUUGAAAAUAUUGUGGAUAUUUAUUGGGAAACAGGGAAUUAUGAGUUGGCACAAAAUGUAAUUACAAAAGCUUUGGAAUUAUUUUCAGGGAGUGAUUGUUUAGCAAGUUUGGAAUAUAAGAAAAACUUAUUGGAUUCGCUUUUAUCUCAGGACGAUUCCAAUCAAUUCAAUGCAAACUCGACUAUUUUUGAACGAUUUCUAAAUAGUACCAAACUUCAGUUUGGAUUUAAUCAAUUACCACUUGGUUUUAGAUCUGUUGAAAUUGAAAAAUCUGCUUGUAAUAAUGUUUCUCUAUUGAAGUACUAUAAUGGUGAUAUAGAGGGAGCUCUUUCAUACUUGUUAACUUCUUUCAAUAUUGAUCCAAUUAUCUUUACUCAAGAUAUUUACAAUAACUAUACAAUCCAAAGCAUUUGCUCUCAAUAUCCACAAACAUUACGUCUAUUGUGGUUCUACUUAACAAAACUUGGAUGUGCCAAAACAUCACUCAUCUUGAUGCAGUUAUUCUAUGACAGACAUGUAAUGAUUGGCAAAAAGCCAGGAGGUAAAGAUUCCUCAACUUUUUUCUGGUACUAUAUAUCAUUGGCAAGUGCUGGAAGUCCUUGGAAAUUAUUAGACUAUUCAAAGUGGAUUUUUGAUGAGGUCACUAAAAGGGAUGACUCUUCGUACUAUAUGCAAGUUUAUGCUUACAAUAGAAUGGGGAAAUGUGCAUUGAAAACAAAUUCAAAACUUAGGAAAUAUAUUGAAACAAGCUUGGUCGAAGCAACAAAGUUUCAGUUAUUGCAAGCCAAAAUUCUUUACAAAAAGAAGAGUACCAUAUCUUCAAGGCAAGCUCUUCAAAUAUUAUCAAAUCUACAAAGAUCUAGCCCAAAGAAUUACGAAUACGUCUAUCUACGGUUAAAGACAUUCUAUAUUUUGGAUGACUCUAAUUUUUCGAGUGUAUACAGAGAUUUCAAUCCAAUCACAAUUGAAUUUCAACUCAAAAAACUAAAACUAGGAACCAAAUACUAUGUCAAUCAUUUUGAUAUAGAAAAAUCAAGAACUGAGCUUGAAAAGCUUGAGAAAAUUGUUGAGAAUAUUCCAGACUGGCUUAAAACAAACAUGAUUGAACAUGCCCAAAUAUUCAAUUUGGAAAACUACAAAUCUUCAAUUCACUUUCUUAAGGCAAACAUAUCUUACAUUUCAAAUGAGAGCUACUUCUCAACACUGAAUCCAAUUCACAGUAUAAGUGCUGAUUACAUGAAAAAACCAAAGACAAUCAUAUUUGAAUUGAAGUUCAGUUUACGAUCACCCUCUAGUCAAUACUAUCAAACUCAAUUCUAUGAAAAGGCACAACAAGCACUUAAAGAAAUUGAUCCCAAGUUUCAAACUUCUUGUUGGCAAUGGAUAAUAAUUUAUUUACUCACCAAUAAUAUGAAAAAGCAAGCACUGAUAAUUUCUAAUAAUAUGGGUUCUACAAGAUUUGCAAGAAUUGACACGCUAUAUCCUCUAUGUAAAAUUGCUUUUCUUAUAGGCCUAAACGAUAAUCUUGAAUCAUAUUUAUCGAAACUAGAUUUGAGUAUUAUCAAAAUGCAAGCCAAAUCGAUUGAGACCAGACAGCUGCUAUCAGAGUUUGAUUUAUUCAAAUUAAGAGUUACUCUAAACAAGUUUAAUAGAUCCAAUGCAAAUAUUGAAUAUUCCUCAUUGAUUGAGGAGUUCAAGAUGGGUUUUAAUAAUCUUUGGCCCUAUUUGAAUUAUUUGAAAGGGUUGUAUAAGGAAAAUAUUUGUGAAAUAUUGGGAUCAUACAUAUCUUUAACUAAUUCCAAUGAUAGUUUCAUUCAGAAAAUUUCCAAUGAGUAUCCUGAUGUUAUUCCCUACUUGUUUGCAAAGAAUCUAUUGGAUAGAUCUAUAAGAGAGGAUGAGAAAAAGAAGAAUUUCGAGUUAUUCCUCAAGUCGUACUCUGACUCAAUGAAUUCUGAACAAAAAAUCAACUACCAACUAGUGGAAACUCUAAAGAAAGGAGAUGUUUCAUUCCUCAACUCGAAAGAAAUGAACACUGUAUCAGAUUUGGCCAACUUUGCUCGACAAAUUAACACCACCACCUAUGAGAAUAUUAUCAAGAAGAUGCUUACUGAGAACAAGCUUUUAACAACAGAAAAAAUCAAAGUAAUAGAGUUGGUACUCAAAGAUAAGAUCUCUUCCACCUGUUUACAAUGGAUUCAAUACGAACUGAGUAGGAGAGAUCAAAAGACUCCCUUCUUUGAUAUAUUGCAGGGAAUGAACCCCGAAUCCAAUAAUUCUAGUAGAAACAUUUUUAGUUCUAUUGAGAAUUUGUCUACAAAUACCAUCAUUGAUUAUGUUAAAACAGUAGAAUCAAUUACAAGUAGAUAUAAGGAGCCUGUUGUUGAGUCACAUCUUAUCCUUCUUCAUAUUAUGAAACUUUCACAAUCUGACUCUUCAAUUCAUACUGUGGAUUCUUCUGAAUGGUAUUUGAAUCGCCAUAGUUUAUUAGACUUAGCCCAAGAUUUUAUUGAUAGAAAUACAGAGCCACUUGUAGAAACAGUUGAAGAAAUGAAUCUAGAAACAAACAAACAAACAACAGAGGAACCUAUACAAAUAGUAAUAAGUGAAGAAUUUGAUUCUAAAUUUAUACAUGGAAAGAAAAAUUCUCUAUUUUGGAAAUGUAUUUUCUAUAUAUUUAAUGAUACUUCGAGUGAUGCUGUUAUUCAUGAAAGAAUUCAAAUCAUUUGUGAACAAACUAGUAAUAUUGAAGAUAUAUCCAUUAAUUUAAAUUUCAUUCUACAUGAAUGGUCAAUUAAGGAUGAAUCUUUGAAAUUCAGAUUGAACAAAAUCGAACUCAAAACAUGUGGAGAGUUUUUGAAUCUUUUUUGUUCAAUGUUAUCUGAUUGCUAUGCUUCUCUUGAAAGAGAUUCCACAAAAGUAUUCGAUUUUGUCAGAAAGCAGCUCUUACUUCAAUCAAAGACUACAAUACGAAAAUCAAAAAAGGUAGAUUGGAAAGAGUUUGUUGAAUUCAUUACCAAUACAGAUAAUCCAAUCAAAAAUGAGGAUACCUUUGGUCUUAGGAAGAUUUCACAAGACAAUGGAAUGCUAGAUUGGAGAAUAGGUUAUGCGCUACUCUCUUCUAAAAUAGAACUACCUGAAAAUAUUUCCUUUUGUUUAAGAACUAUAACACUAGAAUCUGUAAUCAUCCUAUUCUCAUCUGUAGUUUCCAACAAUAAGUAUUCAAAUAGAAAUUUCACAAUGGAAGAAAUUCUCUCCCAAACAUGCACUAACCUAUGCCCUUCCAAUUUUGGAUCAUUUACUUAUCAACCAGAUUUAGAAACACAAAAGCCAUCGGUUUUCUAUUGUGUACAUUUAUUAAUAUUUGAUUUUUUGGAGAAUAUUUCAAAAUUAAUAGAUUGUAAGAAUUCAAUGACAGUAACAGAGCUAAAACAUUGCAUCAAUAUACUGUCAUAUCUUAUAGAAUACAGAUUUAUUGACAAAGACAUGCUUGAAAGUGUUACAUUCUGUACGGGAUGGGCUAAAAUUUUCUCCUUCAUUAUUGAGACAUUCAAUGGAGAAGAAUUGAACCGAUUAGUAUCAUUAUUUCUCUUUAAGAACUCUUACAAAUCGAUUCAAAAGUAUUCAUCUCUGGAAAAUAUUAACUUUGUUUUGGACUUUCUUAGAUUUUGCAACUUGGAAAUGUUCAGAAAAUUUAUGGAAUAUUGUGAUGACCACAAAUUUAAAAUGAUUCAAGCUUCCUUAUCAGUGAUCAAUAAUGUGCUACAUAAUAAUUUGGAAUCCUCAGUUAACAAAGAAGAAUUCUUUAAUUCAUUAUUGGAACUGUUUAAAUAUAUUGGAAAAUCAACAGCAAAGGAUACUGGUUUUAAAUGGAUGCAAUUUGUUAACUCGAUCGAAAUUUCCAAAUUUUCAUAUGAAAAUAACAAUAAUUUGUGGGAGAUGCGAAUUCAAAUUGAUAGAGAUUUUGAUCAGGAAACCUCAAAAGAAAGUCUCGCCAUUACACUUUCUCCCAUUCCAACCAUGGAUGCCUCAAAUUUGGAAAUGUUAACCUCGAAUGCAAUUGGGAAUUUUAUUGGGAUGGAACAGUUGGAAAUGAUACCAAUUAUGAAGAUGGGAGGAAAUUAUUUCAAAAUUGGAUUUAGAUUUGCAAAAUUUAUUACACAAUUUAAAUUUGCUCUCAUUAUUCGAAAGUGA